CCUAUGGCUGGUGGGAAUUUUCUGCCUUGGUUGUAAAGUUUUGGUUUUAAAGCCUCCGUCAAACUUAUUAUUCUUUUGAGAUGCGAAUGUCCCGGCAUGCAACAACAUGCAGGAUAGGCUGCCUACAGGCUGCCAGCAGAGGAGGAGGGCAGCAAUGGGGGGUGGCCAUAGGCCCUGAGCCCUGCUCGUUGAGUUUCUGAUCGGCUCAAUGCCGGAUUAGUACACUGACGGAGAUGCUGCUGAGCCUGUGCCAAAUCAGGUCUCACUGCUCCACUCGUGUAACCCCACAGCACACAGUGAACUUGACAAACAGCUGAGAGAUGGAGGCAUUCAAUGAAAGUUUUCCCUUGAGAAAGUUAGCAGGACCAAACCCUGGCUGAGAGUGGUCUUUCCUACAGAAACGGAGAGUAGAAAGGCUUCACUUUGAAGGCUGUUUUUAACUUUGCAGAAGCCAUUGUGCAAGUUUGCCAGGACGUUGCUGUUUUUACUGUAUAGGGUAUUUAUAACGGCAGAUCAAGAGACUCCUGAGGCAAAUUCCUCCUAGGAAAUGUUUCCGUUGCUCCCUGGGGGACGAGGGGAACAGUCACACACUCUGCCUGAAUCAAGAAGGGAGCACUACGUUAACCACAAGGCACCACUUACGCUUAAAAAACCCAAUGCUGGUGCUUUCAAGGGACGUAAACGACUCCGAGCCAGAGAGAUAGCCUGGUCUAUCCUUAGCAGGUCCCUGGAUGCCCCGCGGCACACCGUCCUCGGCCGCGCAGUGCUUCCCAAUGGCUGGCAGUUGACCCCGCCCACCAGGAUGACGCUGCGCGAGCAGCUGAGAGAGAAGAUCUCGGCGGCCUUCUACCGCCAUGGGCUGCUGUGUGCCUCCUAUCCAGUACCCAUCAUCCUCUUCACCUCCGCCAGCAUCCUCACCUGCUGCUAUCCGUUAUUAAGGCUUCCCCUGCCUGGGACGGGUCCCGUGGAGUUCACCACAGGAGUGCGAGAUUACAGCGUCCCUUCCCAUGAGCCUCAGGGAGACCUCGGAGAACGGCCCGACUGGUACCGGGGUCCUCCGGUUGCCUACAUCCAGCAGGUGUUGGUGAAGGCGGCGGUGUCUCCGUGGGACACCAGCCUGGUGACGGUGGACGUGUUUCGGUUGCCGCUGGGUCGAGCCUUCAGCCUGCUGGAGGAGAUCCGCAACCACGUCCACUCUGACAGCUCCGGGAAACACAGUCUGGAGACGCUGUGUCUCCAGGUGACAGACCUGUUUCCGGGCUUACGGCGGAUGCAGUCAGUCCUGCCGGAGCACGGCUGCCUGCUCGUUUCUCCCGGCAACUACUGGCAGAACCAACGGGAGCUGUUUGACUCAGACCCCGACCUCCUCAAGACCAUCCAGAAACAUGAACCCAAAGGCCUGCACACCUCGGCCACUCUGCGAGACCUGCUCUUCGGUGUCCCUGGGAAGUACACUGGGGUCAGCCACUACAACAAGAAGAAGGUGGUGACGUACACUAUAACUUUAGUGCUGUCCCGCUACGAUGCAAGGUUCCUGGGCAGCCUGCGGGCGCGUCUGAAGCAUCUCCACCCGUCAGCCAACUGCAGCCUGAGAGACGACCACAUGGUUCACGUCCACUUCAAAGAGGAGAUCGGCAUCGCUGAGCUCAUCCCCCUCGUCACCACAUACAUCAUCCUUUUUGCCUACAUCUACUUCUCCACACGAAAGAUUGACAUGGUGAAGUCUAAGUGGGGUCUGGCUCUGGCUGCUGUGGUCACAGUCCUCAGCUCUCUGCUCAUGUCUGUGGGACUGUGUACGCUGUUUGGACUGACACCCACGCUCAAUGGAGGGGAGAUCUUUCCUUAUCUGGUAGUGGUGAUCGGCCUGGAGAAUGUCUUAGUCCUCACCAAGUCCGUGGUGUCCACCCCCGUGGACCUCGAGGUCAAACUUCGCAUCGCUCAGGGUCUCAGUAAUGAGAGCUGGUCUAUCAUGAAGAACAUGGCCACUGAACUGUGCAUCAUCCUCAUUGGAUAUUUCACUCUGGUGCCAGCUAUUCAGGAGUUCUGUCUGUUUGCUGUGGUGGGCCUGGUGUCUGACUUCUUCCUGCAGAUGUUCUUCUUCACCACAGUACUAUCUAUAGACAUCCGACGCAUGGAGCUGGCUGAUUUGAACCGCCGCCUGCCAGCCGAAGCAGGACUCCCGCCCCCCAAGCCUGGCCCGUUGCGGACACGCGAGGCCCCGCCGCCCCCGCGGCACUCCCCCCACACAAUUACACUGCAGACCCCGGCUUUCAGGAAUCUAAGGCUUCCCAAGAGGUUGCGUGUGGUGUACUUCCUGGCCCGCACGCGCCUGGCUCAGCGCAUCAUCAUGGCUGGCACGGUGAUCUGGAUCGGCAUCCUCGUCUACACCGACCCAGCUGGCAUACGCACCUACCUGGCUGCACAGGUGUCUGAGCAAAGCCCUCUGGGAGAUCCCGGAGGAGGUGGUCUGCCCCCUCACCUCGGGGUGGCCCCCGUCUUUCGUGGAGGCGAUCCUACCAGUACCCUCGGCAUCAACCCCGCACCAGCUCCAACUCCCAUACCUGAUAACCAGUCACAGGGCCACCACGGCUCCUCCAGAGUGGGGCCCUUCCCACAGGUCCCGCCUCCCGCCGUGCCCCAGAUCACCUGGGGAGCGGAUGACGAGGAGGGCUGGAGGAGGCUCUCCUUCAGGCACUGGCCAUCGCUUUUCAGCUACUACAACAUCACUUUAGCUAAGAGGUACAUCAGCAUCCUGCCCGUCAUUCCCGUCACCGUUCACCUGAGCCCCCAGGAGGCCAUUGAGACGCGUCACCCGCAGGACACAAGACACCCCCCACCAUCUAUUCCCAAGGUUGCUGCAGAUAUACAGACGGACCUCACUCUCUACAAGGUGGCAGCUCUGGGCCUGGCGGCGGGCGUCCUGCUGGUUCUUCUUCUCUUCUGUCUAUACCGGGUUCUCUGCCCGCGUAAUUACGGCCAGAACGGCGUCACUCAUGGGCGCAGGCGCCGAGGGGACCUGCCCUGCGACGAUUACGGCUACUCACCACCCGUCAGCGAGAUCUCACCACUGCUGCUGAGGGGCCACAGUAUGGACAUUGAGUGUUUAGCCAGUGACGGGAUGCUGCUGGCCAGCUGUUGCCUGGCAGGACAGAUCCGGGUCUGGGACGCCCAGACUGGCGACUGUUUGACCGUCAUUCCAAACCAUGGGCUCAGACGGAGCAGCAGCAGUGGCUGCUGGGAGCAGCGGGACGGCUGGGACAGCCUGAGUGGAGCCGGCGAGACGGAGUGUUUAGGCUCUGAAGCUUACGGCUCCUCCAUCAGUGGUGACGGCCUAUCGGAGGGAGAGGGCUACCCGCUGAGACGCCGCACUGCUCCCAGCCGCCCGGCUCUAUUCACCGACCAGCCCGAUCUCACCCCGCUCAUUGACACCAACUUCGCCUCCCAGCCCCCCUCCCACCUCUGCACCCCGCCCAGGGAAGGCUUUGACUUUGGAGGACUGGUGGAGCGCGCCUACAUGGAGCACGAGCCUCCCUCGCCUUCCGCCUACCCCUCUCCUUCCUCAGCCUCAUCCUCGCCGCCGUCAGGAGCUCAGCUCCAGAGAAGACCCAGUUUAGGGGAUUCAGCCGCCUUCUUAAACCAAGACAGAGCCUCCACAGCGGGGACACAGGCGACGGCAGACUGGGAAAGCUCUGUCUGGGCCAUGGAGCUGAGAGGGAAUCUAAUAGCUGCUGGGAGGAGCAGCGGUAAACUGGAGUUGUGGGAUGCAGUGGAGGGGUCGUUGCGCUGCAUUAAUGAAGACGGAGUCUCUGGAAUCACAGCCCUAGCCUUCCUCAACAACAGAAUCGUAGCGGCUCGGCUCAACGGGUCUCUGGAUUUCUUCACUGUUGAGAUAAACAAACCUCUGGGUCUUCUGCAGUACAGAGGAGCCCCUGGGCGAGGCAGCUUGCCUCCCUCUACCUGUUACAGCAGCGAGGAUGUAAUCAGCUGCCAGCUCACACGCUCAGUACAGUGCGCUCACCAGAAGCCAAUCACGGUGCUGCGAGCCGCCGCCGGGAGGGUUGUCGCCGGCAGCCAGGACCACACUGUCCGGGUUUAUCGUCUAGAGGACUCGUGUUGCCUCUUCACCCUGCAGGGUCACUCUGGAGGGAUUACAGCCAUCUACAUAGACCAGACGAUGGUUCUGGCAAGCGGUGGGCAGGAUGGCGCCAUCUGCCUGUGGGACGUCCUGACAGGGAGUCGUGUCAGCCAUGUUUACGGUCAUCGUGGGGAUGUCACCUCGCUGGUCUGCACCACCUCUUGUGUCAUUAGCUCGGGACUGGAUGACCUCAUCUGUAUCUGGGACCGCAGCACCGGGAUCAAACUCUACUCAAUUCAGCAGGAGGUGGGCUGUGGGGCCAGUCUGGGAGUGAUCUCCGAGUCUCUCCUGGUAACGGGGGGCCAGGGCUGCGUCUCGUUUUGGGACCUGAACUUCGGUGACCUGCUGCAGACGGUCUACCUGGGCCAGAGCAGUGACGGACAGGGCGUCCGGCAGCUGCUGGUGCUCGACAACGCCGCCAUCAUCUGCGACUUCGGAAGCGAACUCAGCCUGGUGUACGUGCCAUCUGUGCUCGAGAAACUAGACUAAGGAGAGACGGAUGGAGGGCAGUCGUUGAUGGUGGUGGGAACAAAAACAUGCACUGGGAACAUCAUUUCCACCUCCAUCACUUCCCCUGUAUUUUUGUUGUUGCUUUCUUACUUUGUUUCUGACACCCAAAGGAGACACGAACAUUAGACCGGUUUCUAUCUGCGCACAAGGCUCUUUUUUAAUUUAGAUGUUUUAAGUACAAGCCUGGAUGUAGUGAUGAAAAAAAGAGCUGAGGUAUGAUUGUGGAACCUGCUGCAUUUUAUCUGAGGAGUUUACAGACCCUUGAUAUCGAACUGUUGACAUUAACGAGGGUCAUGAGUUUAAGAAAAGCUGGAUGUUUCUCACUUAAAGAGGAUCCACCAGUCACCAGUCUGUGCUUUUUUUUAAAUACGCGUUUGUUUUGUGGCUUUGCCCUCUAUGCUGCUUGUAUGGGUGGGGCUUCCCUGUGACCCCACCCACCCAGAGAGGAAGAUAAAACUGUCUCCUUAUAUUUUAAUAUUCCCGCUGCCUCUUUAGCUCAACAGCAAAGUGCAGCCACAGUAAUCUCUAUGGGUCUACGGCCUGUUGGGACAAGCUGCACAGUUGUAUGUGCGUACGUGUUGAGACUGAAUGAAUCUAGGCUCUUUUUAAUGGCAAAAAUACUGCUGAGAA